AUGCAUCUCGUCGUCAAGGAACUAAAAAAACCAAGAAACGAGAUGAAGUUUCAGGUGGAGGUCGCAAACCUUGACGUCAAAAAGAAAAAUCUUACCAAAACAAAACCAACUUCAACCUUACUUCGUAAUUUAAAAAAUAGAAGUGGACGAGAUCAAACCGGACAAAUUAGUAUUCGUCAUCGCGGAGGAAGAGCAAAAAGAAAAUAUCGUUUAAUUCGGAUAUUAAUCCGGGAAACGCGAUGCUUGCGUAAAAUUGAUAAAAAUUGUCGAGCUACAAUUGGUGUGGUGGGAAACGAAGAUUAUCGUUUGGUGCGUUUGGGCAAAGCCGGACGAAAACGUUGAUCCGGAAUUCGUCCAACUGUGAGAGGGGCCGCGAUGAAUCGUCAUGAUCAUCCUCAUGGCGGAGGUGAAGGAAAAGCUCCGAUUGGUCUUUCGGGGCCGCGAACCAAAUGA